GGUUUUUACCACUGAAGCAAGCAUUUAGACGCAAUAACAAAAGCAUAUCUUACUUUGCUUCAGCUUCUCCGUUUAUUUCAAUACUUUGGAUGGCAGCUGAUGGUAAAGCCACUAUCCCUUUGCGUCAGAAGACAAGGAAGAAAAAUCAAGGUUUUCACAGCAUGAGUCGCCGAAGGAUCUCAUGUAAGGAUCUUGGAUUGGCUGAUUGUCAGGGUUGGCUGUAUAAAAAAAAGGAAAAAGGAGGCUUUAUUGGCAACAAAUGGAAAAAGUUUUGGUGUGUCCUGAAGGCUUCGUCUUUAUACUGGUACAGCUAUCAGCUGGCAGAGAAAGCAGAAGGCUUCCUCAACCUUCCCAACUUCACAGUGGAUCAAGCAACAGAAUGCAAGAAAAAACACGCGAUGAAGAUCACACACCCACAAAUCAAGACAUUCUAUUUUGCAGCAGAAAAUGCACAUGAAAUGAAUAUAUGGCUAAAUAAAUUAGGUGUGGCAGUCCUAGAGCAACAGGCUAAUAAAAAAAAUGAAGAAGAAUGCUAUAGUGAAAGUGAGCAUGAAGAUCCAGAAAUAAAUGCAGAGACACCACCCCCUCCAUAUUCAGAUCAGUUGCUGCUGUCUAAUUUGGCCCAACAAGAGCUUUCCUCAACACCACACCUUCUAAAUGAAGUACCACAGUUCUUAUCUUCCCCAGAAAGCAGCAUGAUGAAAUCUCCAGGCUCCUCUUCUUCCUCGCUGUGCAACCUAUUGUAUUCAGAGAGACAGUCAUGGCUGGACUUAAUUGACAGCUCUUCUGCUCAAGACGAAGUGGACAAUCAACCUCCAGCUGCCUCUGGUGACUCUUCAGACAUUGAUUGCAGGUUGACAGACUGUAAUGAAAGCGUGGAAAGCGGUACCAGCAGAUCCAAGGAAAGCAAUCCGAUUACAGUGAAUGAAGACAAAUCUUCAUUAGGCAAGGUCAAUGAUAACUUAGCUGUACCUGGAAAAAUAGCAUCAGCAACUCUAAGUAAAGAUCGUACCAAGUGUUCUGUGGAUGAAAUGGAGAAGCUGUACAAGUCUUUAGAGCAAGCAAGUUUAUCUCCCAUUGGGGACCGGCGACCUUCUACUAAGAAAGAGUUGAGAAAGUCCUUUAUCAAAAGGAGCAAAAACCCUUCUGUAAAUGAGAAACUUCAUAAAAUCCGAGCUCUGAAUAGCACCUUAAAGUGCAAAGAACAUGACUUGGCCAUGAUAAACCAGCUGCUGGAGGAUCAUAAGCUAACAGCAAGAAAGUAUAGAGAGUGGAAGAAUACAAACUCCAUUUUGAUUCAAGAUAUCUAUCAGCCACCAGACACUAUGUCUACAACUGAAGGAGACAACACAGAAUCAGAAAUGACCCCACAGUCAUCUUUUGUUGGAUAAAAAGUAUUGACUGGAAAUACUAUCUGAGGAACUUUUUAUCACUGAUCUCUUCAGUCAUUCUGUUUAAACUGCUACAUCUUCAGGUUUUGCUUCUGUAGGUACUGGUACUUUCUAUGAGCAGCCCUGGAUUAACCAACAACCAACAAGAAAAAUAAGCAUAUGCUCAGGGUACCAAGGAAGGGGGGCAUAGAGGUUUUUUCCCCUAGUGAUCAUGUCUUUAAUUCUUUCACUGCCACACUCAGCUUUAGUUUUCAACACUUACUAAGUCUUAAUCAGAGGCAGUAUUCAGCAGGUUCUGACCAGUUCUGGAGAACCGGUAGCAGAAAUUUUGAGUAGU